GACGACAUGGGCAGCGCCGAGGAGGAUUAUAACUUUGUCUUCAAGGUUGUCCUGAUCGGGGAGUCCGGGGUGGGCAAAACCAACCUGCUCUCCCGCUUCACCCGCAACGAGUUCAACCACGACAGCCGCACCACCAUUGGCGUGGAGUUCUCCACCCGCACCAUCCUGGUGGGAGAUGCCGCGGUGAAGGCUCAGAUCUGGGACACGGCCGGGCUGGAGCGGUACCGCGCCAUCACCUCUGCGUAUUACCGAGGGGCCGUGGGUGCCCUGGUCGUCUUUGACAUCACCAAGCACCAGACGUACAAUGUGGUGGACCGCUGGCUGAAGGAGCUGUACGACCACGCCGAGGCCAGCAUCGUCGUCAUGCUGGUGGGGAACAAGACCGACCUCGCGCAGGCUCGGGAGGUGCCCAUGGAGGAGGCGAAAAUGUUUGCAGACAACAAUGGGCUGCUGUUUGUUGAGACCUCAGCGCUGGACUCCACCAACGUUGAGCAAGCGUUCGAGACCAUCCUGAAGGAGAUCUUCCACAAAGUGCAGCAGCAGAAGCAGAGGAGCAGCCAAAGCAACACGGUGUCGCUUGCCAGCGAGAGCCCGGAGAGCACGGCCCCGGGACAGACAGAGAAGCGCCCGUGCUGUGUGGCCCUCUGA